AUGGACGUGGUGGAAUCUAAUUUUGCACAGUUAGAUGGUACUUCUGGGAAAGGAGAAGGGACGUCAGAAGGUGUAAAUCUUAGGUUUGAUAUGGUUGAUGCAGCGCGCAGGUUCAUGUUGUCACCAAAAGUACGUGACACACCUUUUGAACAGCAAAAAGAAUUCCUUGUUCGAAAAGGUUUAAGUGAGGAGGAGGUCGCUGAAGCAAAGAAACUAGCGGAGGAGAAUAAGUUAAAUGAUAAGGUGCUACCGAAUGAAAGUAGUUUUACUCACAGCCACUCCUGCCAUUCGUGUCCAGCGCAUAGUGGUUCCUCUAGAGGCUUCAUGAGUUUCCUGAAUGCUGCUGUUUCUGUUGGGUGUUUGUCGUAUGCUGGAUAUCGUGUUUUCCGGUCAUUUAUUUUACCGAAAUUCUUUAAAGUUCCUGAUCCAGCCGUUGAAGAACAAAGGCAGCUUCAAAAUCAGAUAAAUGACUUGCAAAAUUCGGUGAAAUUUGUGAUGGAUAGUGUUGUGCAGACUUUGAAGAAGGUUGAGGAACAACAAGAAAGUUUGAACCGUGCACUUUCAUUGCUCUCGGCAAAUACUAACGGAGAUCGUUAUGACCCUAAACAGCUGCAGUCUGAUGUUUCUGCGAUAAAAUCCAUGUUACUGAACCCUGCCACUCAGUUGAGCAUUGGAGAUAGUAUAAUACCAGCUUGGCAACGUCGUGAAAAUGUUCAGCUAGUUGGAAAAAAGGAGACAGGGUAG